AUGUCCACCUCCAAAGAAAGGACAGACACCCAGGCAGGGACAGAAUUUGAAUCAGCCAUUCAAUCUACCACCGCACCAGGCGAUAUCCCCAAGACUGCUGGUGGGGACACAAGUAUAGCCGCAUCAUCCACUGAAAGGACAAGAGAGAAUGUGGCAGGGUCAAGCACUUCCCCUGAGCCCACAGACACACCUGUCAUCACUCAGGCAUGGCAGCUCAGCUACCUGGGUGCCCCAGCUCCUUCCUCGGAAAAGGACACACUGCCCCUUCUUUUCUGCAGUCACUCCACUAUGGUCCCCUCACCCUCUGGCUCAGGUAGCAGCUUUUCUGGUGCUGAGACAAGUGGAGAAGCCUCUCCAUCCACUGUUCCCACAACUUCAAAUGGAAGAUCUAGGUCAGUAGCCUCCAUAGACACCACUUCAACCUUCACCAACACUGAGAGCCCAUGGCUGAGUCCAAGUUGGUUCUCCACACCCAUCCUGACUGAUAGGUCAAGCACAGUGGACAAUACUCUGAACACAGAGAGCAGCACCAUUUCCUCAGGUACUUCUGAGUCUACUGACACCAGCCUUGGCUUGAAAACAAGUCAUCCUAAAGGCUUCAGCACAGAUUCGAUCAUCUGCUCAGUUCUAUCCCAUACCUCCAGUAAUGCGUCAGAGGCCAGACUUGGAUCACGGGCAGAUUCUUCCUCACUACCAACCACAGCAGCAGUUUCCAACAUCAGUGGCUCUGUGCCCACAACCAGAGAAAGCACAGUCAUUCCAGAGUCCCCUCGCACAGCUGAAGCCGUUGUUCUCACCAUGUCUAGGUUAGAAAGCGUAAGCCCUGCCUGGCCACAGGCAUCAGGGGUUGCUCUUGUGGCUGAAGAGAUGACUUUGGCUGUUCCUAGGACUGAAAGGGCAAGCCUGCCCCCAGAGGCCAAGGUCACUGAGACCUGCCCUGCUUUUCUGUUACAGUCCUGUCCUAAAAGUAUAGAAGCAGAGGCUAAGAAAAUCAUCCCUUUGUCUACUCCCUCUCCUCAAGUUCCAGCAUCCCCAGGAUGUGCAAUGGGAGUCCCAGAGAAAUUGGUUGUACCUCCUGGCUCAGCUUCAGUAGAAGCUUCUCCUGAUGACAUUUCCCCUAGAACAGUCCCAGAGACCAGCACUGCCAAUGUCACUGGAACAAGCCCUGGUUCAGUGCUGACACACGUGCCAUCUGCCAUCAAAGACAGCCUUGAUGGACAGACUGGAACAGCGACUCUUCUGCCUCUCACCGUUCACAACGAUGUCUCAGGAAAUGUGCAAAUGGCAGCAUCUGCAGAUGACACAGAGGGGAUUGCAAAAGUGUUGGGUGAAUUCUCUCAGUCCAAAAUCACACUCCCAGUCAACUUGAGAUCCAGCAGCACAUCUGAAGGGUCCCUGGAUAACCCCUGGUUUGACAUGAUAUCUCCUUUUGAGUUUAUCAAUGAAAUAGAGGAGGAGAACUCUCUAUCUGUCCCUACAUCUUCCAUGACUGUGAACAAUUGGAUAUCCUUUGUCAUAACAAGAGCACGGAUAAUGGAAGCUGCCUCUCAAAUCAUGGCUCUGCAAGAGGCCAUUAGUCUUGAACAGACAGCUGACUCUGAGGAACCUGGGACCUCAGACCUCACCACCAUCAGCUGUAAGUGGUUGAGUCCAAGUAUGGCUGCCAUAACCAUGCUGGUGGAUGAAGACAGUACAACAUGCAGUGACCCAGAUAUGGAAAUCAGCCCUGGGACCUCUGCCUCCUUAGAUACCAGCAACAUCCACAUGAUACAUCUUCCUACAGUGUCCAGGACACAGUCCUCUAUCUACAUGACCAAAGCUUACACCCCAGUUACUACAACAGGGGCUGAUCUUGGAGCAGAGAAAGACUCUUCCCCAGUACCAACCACAGCAACAGCUUCUACUACCAGCAGCUCUAUGUUCACAACUGGAGAAAGCACAGCCAUCCCAGGACCCUCUCCCACAGCUGGAGCUUCAGCUCUUGCUACAUCUCUGACACAUACUGAUCUUUCUUUCCAGCGGCCUCUCAUGGCAGCAGCCCCUGUAACCUCAUCAGGGGUCAUUCAUGAAGAAGAGGAGGCAAAUGUGGCUAUCCCCAAGACUGAAAGUGUAAGUCUGAUCCCUAGCACCAAGGUCGCAGGCAGUCAUACGUGUCUCAUGUCCCUGUCUCACUCUAAACUCUCAAGCACAGGUUCAGAGACUAGUUUGGCCAUCCCCAGGACCAUUUCUUUGUCUGAUAUUCCAACAUCGUCUGUCCCAUGGGAUAGUCCAACAACUGUGCAAGCUAUGUGGUCCACAGAACAGCAAGGGGGUAUGGAGACAAGGUUUGAUGACUUCUCUGAGCUCCCAGAAAUGCCCCCCAUCACACGCCUGCACUCUGGCUCCCCGGUAUAUCAGACUACUUCUUGGUCUGAGAGGAUGGCCUCUUUUAACCUCCCCACUAUCAGAGAAGAGGUGAACUUCUCUUCAUCUGUCUCAUCAUCCUCAAAGUCCUCAGAUAGCUCAAUGGCCAUUAUCCUAACUGGAGAAGAGAUGGAGGAAGCUGCCUGUCCAUCUUUUGGGCCACCAGAGAUCAUGAGUCAUGAACAGACAACCAGCUCUAGGGGAUCUGUGGCCACUGCUAUGGGCCGCAGAUGGUCAAGUUCUAGCUUGCCAUCCACAAGUGCUCUGGUGCCCCAGGGAAGGAGUACCAGUGGUGUUCCAACCUCAGAGACCAGAAAAGAUUUUUCCAGCACCUCUGAGUCUAUCGAUAGCAGCCUUGGCCUCAAGUCAAGUCGAUCCACAUGGUUCAAACCAGACUCAAUCGUCUACACGGCUCAAGACCACACCCCAAGUUCUGUAUUAGGGGCUGGUCUUGGAGCAGAGACAGAGUCUUUGCUGGUACCAGCCACAGCAGUAUCUUCCAUCGCCAAGGGUUCUGUGCCCAUCCCUGGAGAAAGCACAGCCACCUCAAGGUCCUCUAAUGCCACUGAAGUUACAACCCUCACCACGUCUGGGACAGGAUCCAGCUUUUCUUUGAAGCGGCACCUCACUUCAUCAGCUUCGAUAGCCUUCUUGGGGGACAUGCUCAGGACAGAGGAGAUAGCUUCAGCUCCCAUUAGUUCAAGUCUGAUCCCCAAUGCUAAGGCUGCAGUCAUCAGCCCCAGUUCUAUGUCCAUAUCCCAUCCUAACCUCCGAAGCGUAGGUGCAGAAGCUGGUACAGCCACCCUCCUGACCACUUCCUCAUCUGAAGUUUUAGCAUCUUCAGACAGUGAAAUGGAAGGACAAGGCCCAUUGGCAACACCUGCUGACUCAGCUCUGAGGGAGACUUCUGAUGAUAUUUCACAUACAGCCCCAGAGACUCACUCUGCCAAAGUCACAGAAACAAACCCUUCAACACUUGCUGAGGCACAUGCCAUUUCUUUUGCCACCACAGAGAAGCUGGAUGCCCAAGUGAGAACAGAGCCUAUCUUAGCUGCCCUGCCUCUUACUUUCCUGAGGGAUGCCUCAACUGUGUGGGCAAUGCCAUGCACAGAACCCAUGUCUAGUAGUGAGAUGUCUAGUAGUUUCUCUGGGCCAAGUGAUGUACCCCAUAUCACUUCCCUGCACACCAGCUCCAAAGCACAUCCAGCCACUUCUUGGUCUGAAAGGAGAGUCUCUUUUAGUCUUCACACUAUAAGCGAGGAGAUGAACCGCUCCAUCCCUAUGGGCACCACAACAUCCACUUCUGUGGAAGUGGCUUCUCUUGUCACUGUUGUGCCCCUAGAAACUGCCAUUCCUGACCAGGCAACUAACUCUGGGAGAUCAACCAUGGCCACCACUGAAGCUUUCACCAUUGGCACCACACAGUCAAGUUCAAAUUUGGCCUCCUCAAGUAUUGUAGAGACUCAGGAAAGUAGAGUGGGCCAUGCUCCAUUUUUAGAAGUCAGUACUAUUUUCUCUGGGACAUCUGACACUAUUGACACAAGCACUGACUUCAAGACGAGUCCAGCUAGAGGGGCCAUCCCAGACUCAGCUGUGUAUAAGACUCUUAUGCGUACCAUGUCAAGGGCCAGCCUGGGAGCAGAAUGUAAGACACUAACCCGUGCCACAUCAAAGGCCAGCCUUGGAGCAGAAUGUAAGACACUAACCCAUACCAUGUCAAGGGCCAGCCUUGGAGCAAAGACAUAUAUGUCCUUGGAACCAACCAGAGUAGCAGCUGAUGUAUCUGUUGCCAGCAGCACUCUGCCUGUUACUGAAGAGAGCACAGUUGUCUCUUGGCCUUCCAGAACAGUAGAAGUCACAGUUGUCCCUGUGACUGUGACUGCUACCAGCCCUACUUGGUCAGAGCCCCUCACUCCAUCAGCCUCAUCAGAGGUCACUCCUGUGGCCAAGGAGAUGAACUCGGAUGUCCUUGGGUCUGAAAGUUCAAGUCUGACCCCUACCAGCAAGAUGGUGGACAUUGUGACUCCUCCUCCUGGGCCCUCCCCAGAUCCUGAACUUCCAAGUGCAGGGGCAGAGACUAGCCUAGUUGCCCUCCCAACUGUAUCCUCUUCUGAAGCUUCAACAUGCUCAGACACUGAGGAUGGAGGCCUCAAUCCAUUAGUUAUCCCUCUCCCUUCAACACCUGUAGGGAUGCUUUCUUAUUGGAGGACCCAUGCAGGCUCACAGCCCAAUGCCACUAAAGUCCCAGGCAGGGCCUCAGCUUCCUCACUGACCCUGGCCUUACUUACUACCCCAGAAAGGCUGGAUGCCAGGAUAGGAAGAGAGCCCAGCUCUGAGACCCUGCCUGUCUCUGCUCUGAGUAACCUCCAGAGAGCUGGCACAUCUGCAGAUCCUCCAGGAGGGAGUAACACAUGGUCUAACUCUUUUUUUGAGCUCACAGAGAUACCUCAUGUCAUUCAAAAAUUGUACCCCAGCUCUGAGGUUCAUCUGGCUACUCCCUGUUUUGAAAGAACCAGCAUGACAGAUAUCUGGCACUAUUCCAUGUCUGCCCCCACAUCCUCCACCAUGGUGGAUGCCAGGGCUGUCUUUGAAGUACAGAGAAAGGAAACUCUCUCUCCAUCCACUGGUUCCAUGGAGACCACUGCUUCUGAGCAGGCUACCAGCUCCGCAGAAAUUCUGGCCACCACUAGAGGCUUGACCAUAGUGAGAACCAGAUGGUCCUGUCCAAACCUGACAUUAAUGAACACCCGAGUGGCUGAGGCCAGUACAGAGGGUAGCACUCUGGACUUACGAAACAGUAUAGGUUCCCCUGGGACUUCAACUCAGAGCAGAACUGGCUUCUGGAUUAGCACUCCUGAAAGGCAGAGGAAGGGCUCGGUCAGCGACAUAAACCUAACCUACACAGCUGCUCGAGAGGCCAGUCUUGCAAUGAGGACCCACUCGUCUCUGGCACUGAUUACAGCCCUUGAUGCCUCCAGCAUCAGCAGCUCUGUGGCUAAUACUGGAAAGAGUCCUGUCAUCUCAAGGUCCCCAACCUCAGUUCUAGUCACCGUGACUACUUCAGGUACUGUCUGCCCUGUGGCACAGAGCCUUAUUCCACCAACCCCUUCACUGUCAUUGGGAGCUCCUCCCAGGGAUGGGGAGCUGGGCUUACCUGCCCCUGGGAUGGAUAGCUCAUGCCUGAGACCUGGGAACCAACUCAAAGAAUUUGUUCUGACUGCUCAGGAUCCUGACUUCCCACAUGCAGGAGUGAGAGGGCAGACCAGCAUGGCCCAUCACCUGACCACAUCCUUACUGGAAAUUCAGUCCUCCUCAGACAAUGUGACCCCCCAGCCAGAUUCAUCAGCCACACCUUUUAACUCUCUGGCUCCUGGGAGCCCAGAGCUCAGCUCAGCUCUGACAGCCUCAUCUGCUCUGGCUAUGGCCAGAGGCACCUCGGACGAUGACAUUGGAGAGAGCCCUACAGUGGCUUUCUCUGCAAAUCCCACCCCUGCCACCACCAGUGGAUCAUCUGUGAACUCUUUCAACCUGACCUCUUCAGUCCUUUCAGGAGAUCACCCCACUGGUAGCGAUGAGACCAGCAGAGGAUCUAGCCCUCCAGAGCAGACACUGACAGCUAGCCUGACACCUGGAGCUGCCUCUGGCUCAAAAGCAGACACCAGCUCGGCGGCCUCUCCUCUCACAAUGCCCUCUGGUCUCACGGCAUUGGCACAGGAGCAGGUGCCCAAAGGUUCAGAAAAGGUUUCAUUGGAAACACACAAACUAGUGGAUGCUCUUCCGAUGGACAAGACACGUGCAGUACAGACAACAGCCUCAUCUUCCCUUGAGGCUCUGGCCACAGGGAACAGUGUUCCUGAAGCAGGAACAGAUACUACUCUUCCAGCCAAUCCCACCAUCUUCAUAAACACUAUACCCUCCACAAAUACCCCAGGUCAUUCGGGCACAGUCAAACCAACAAGUGGCCCUUUGGAACCUGUGACCACCUCCAAUCCCCCGGAGUCUGAAGUGGAGGCGGUGAGUGGGGAGAUAGCUCUUGACUCAGCCACUCCUCAGACUACUGACAUCCCUGUGUUCACCUCUACAAGCAGUCAUGGGUCUGGGGCACCCACAGGAACCACCUCACCUUUGAUAGGACUCACCACGUCAGCUGAGACAUCUAUCCAAGGGAACACAAGACAUGAAGACCUUUCUCAUGCCCCACUUAAGCCCACUUUUACUCCAGGUUCCAGCAUUCUCUUAGAGACUAGCACACUGGAGACAGUUUCCUCUACUCUCUCUGCAGCCACCCCAACAGCAGGCAUGACAACUGAGGAGAUCCCUUCCAUGGUUCCCACACUGUUGCCUACUCCAGUUGAUUCCUUGUACACAAAAGUUUUCGGUGGAGAGGCAGGAACAAGCCCUAAAGUCACAUGGAUACAACCUACUUCAACCCUGAUGAAAAGCAUGUCUCCAAUCCCAGAGAAGCCAAAGGUCCAGGCAAGAACUGAGCUGGGCUCCUCUACCCUGCCUCCCAAUGCCCUGAGUAAUGUCCCAACAGCUGCUGAAGGAGACACAGGCUCAGUGGUGCAAGUUACAGAACAGACAAAUGAAGAUAUGACAGUGAUGACACCUGGCAUCUUCUCCAAGCCUGCAGACGCAUCACACACCAUUCAAAGUCCACAUACCAGCUCCUUGGACCCUCCAUCUGUUCCCUGGAUUGAAAGCAUGACCUCUUUGAAUGUAGAAAAGACUAGCUACUCCUCGGCUGUCCGCAGGCCCUCCAGCUCAUCUGACACCACAUCUGGGGCACAGACAAGCAAAGCUGCUGUUCCAUCUACUGCUCCCUCUGAAGCCUCAGAUGAUCAGAGGGCAAGUAGCCCAAUUUUUGCCACUGGUGAAAAAACACAGAAAAAUAUAAAUGUGACCUCUGUGCUCCCUCUGGUGGCUGAGGCAGACACAGCAGGCAGCAUUCUCUUGUCAGAGACUGGCUUACCAUUAUUCCCAGGGACCUCUGACCCCAGGGAGGCCAGAACCAGCCCCAUGACGAGUUCUACCAGAAGGCCCAGCUCAGAGUCUUCUGCAGAUGCGAGGACAGACCUUCCUUUUGGCAUCUCUGGUAAGACAGAGGAGAGGGGCUACUCCAUAGCUCUCCACACAUCUUCUAUGUCUGUGGACACAUUGACAACUGUUGUCAGCGAUGGAACACAAGUGAAAGAAGCUAUGUCUCCAACUGCUGCCCCCACAGGGACCACCACUCCUGAACAAGCGACCAGCUUCAUGGAACCUGUAGCUGCCACGACAGGAAGCCUGGGGUCUGGGGCACCCACAGGAACCACCUCACCUUUGACAGGACCCACCAUGUCAGCUGAGACAUCUAUCCAAGGGAACACAAGACAUGAAGACCUUUCUCAUGCCCCACUUAAGCCCAUUUUUACUCCAGGUUCCAGCAUUCCUUUAGAGACUAGCACACUGGGGACAGUUUCCUCUACUCUCCCUGCAGCCACCCCAACAGCAGGCACGACCACUGAGGAGAUCCCUUCCAUGGUUCCCACACUGUUGCCUACUCCAGUUGAUUCCUUGUACACAAAAGUUUUCGGUGGAGAGGCGGGAACAAGCCCUAAAGUCACAUGGAUGCAACCUACUUCAACCCUGAUGAAAAGCAUGUCUCCAGUCCCAGAGAGGCCAAAAGUCCAGGCAAGAACUGAGCUGGGCUCCUCUACCCUGCCUCCCAACACCCUGAGUAAUGUCCCAACAGCUGCUGAAGGAGACACAGGCUCAGUGGUGCAAAUUACAGAACAGACAAAUGAAGAUAUGACAGUGAUGACACCCAGCACCUUCUCCAAGUCUGCAGACACAUCACAUACCAUUCAAAGUCCACAUACCAGCUCCUUGGACCCUCCAUCCAUUCCCUGGACUGAAAGAAUGACCUCCUUGAGUGUAGAAAACACUAGCUAUUCCACAGCUAUCCAUAGGCCCGCCAGCUCAUCUGAUACCACACCUGGGGCACAGACAAGCAAAGCUGCUGCUCCAUCUACUGCUCCCACUGAAGCCCUAGCUGAACAGGAGGCAACUAGUUCAAAUUUUGCCACCAGUGAAAAAAUACUGAAAAGUACAAGUGUAUCCUCCAUAGCCCCUCUGGUGGUUAAGGAAGGAACAGCAAGCUCAGAGACUGGCUCAGAAGCCACCGAUUCCUUCUAUACGAAAUUUUUUGGAGUAGGGGAGAGUGCCACCCCCAGCAGUAUCUGGUCAAGCCCAAGUUUGACCUCCAUCAGCACUUCAGUGGUAGAAUCCCACGCAACCCUCAGUGCUCCAGACACAGACAUGGGCCCGUUUUCCUCUGAGACCUCUAUCUCUGUUGACACCAGCAGCCACGUCAGGAUUAACCCAUCUGGAGAGUCCAGUACAGAUUCAUACAGAGCUCUCACCCUCACCCGGGUACCAACCACAGCUGCAGCUGAAGCUUCUGUGACUGUAGAGUCAGAGACUGUGAUGGUAGAGACAUCAGCUCCAGCAGCUUCAUUUUUCACUCCUGGGAUGCAAGAUGUAUGGAUCUCCUCAUCUCUCCCUUUUGAGACCACUGCUAAAGAGGGGAGGAUUCCGAGGACAGAGACAGUCACUGCUUCCUCUCCUACUAACCCUAUCCUGCUUACAAGUAGCAAUGCUGACGUGGUGCCCAUCACAAAUGCUCCAAUCCAUGUAACAGCAGGAGGUCCUCAAGCCCCUUCAUCCAUCAUUGGUCCAGUUGGAGGAGGCCCAAGCACAAUUGUUCCAUCCAUGGGAGGGAACACAGAGAUCAGGACUGAGUACACUGAGCACACAGACACUGUCCACAUCACUCUAGGACAGCACACCAAUAACAAGUGGACUCUGGAGACUCGUUGGACUGACGGAAUGACCUCCUCUGAUUCCCCCAUUACGAGACAGGAGCGGGGCUCUUCCACCACUCUCCUAGUCCCCUCUGCCUCCUUGGGCACCAUGACUCCUGUUACCAUGACUGGGGAGCAGAGCACAGAUGCUCCAUCUCCACCUGCAGCCACAAAGGGGCCCCUGUAUCCUGACGAUGGGGCUGUGCCCCUGGCUUCUACUGAAGGCUUCCUCCCCACUGUUGGCAUAACGUCAAGGCCAGAUGUGACCUCCACAUCCAUGCUCAUGGCUGAGCCAACUUCAUCAGGUGUCCCCCAAGGCUCGGAGAGCGGCAGGGAUCCAGAGGAUUCUUCAUAUUUUGGUGAGACCACAGUUGGCUCAAUCACAAGUGCAAUCGAAAGGCCCAGCACUGACUCACUUGGGGGUAUCACCUUAGGCCAUAGCUCAGGCGUUGUAACACCCAGUGUUGGAGCAGAGGCAUCCUCCCACCUGGCGACAAUGUCCACAACUGAAGCCUCUCCUAUUAGCGUCCCUGUGGCUGGCAGUGAUGAAGCUCCAACCGGCCCAUGGUUGUCUACCCCAACUGAAGCAGCCAUGAGUGUGCUAAGCACAGGGUUCAGUUGGCUCUGGACUCCCACCCCAGCCACCCCUGAAGCCUCCUCAGGGAGCCACCCCAUGGUGGAUGACAUGAGUUCAGCUGUCCCGGGGACUGAGGGUCCCAAUGUGACUCCUAGCAGCAAAAUGACAGAUAGCCUACCAACCUCUCCUCCUGCUGCCCAACAUGCUGAGAGCGCAAGUUCGGGAGGAGGGGCUAGCCCAGUUGCUUCAAUGGCCACCACAUCUUUGCCUCUAGGAUCAGCGUCUUCAGACACCGGUACUGGAGCACCGGUUUCACCUUCCACGGCUGUUAGCUCCUCCUGGGAGGGGAGUAGAGCCCAUGAGGUGUUGUCUACAGGCUCAGAAACCGACUCCCUUCUGUCCUUGACCACUACACCAGUAGAAGGCUCGACCAGAGAUGUCCCAGCUAGUGUGACAGGAGGGGGCACCGAAGGCACGUUGAGUCAAGAGCCCAGUACCAGCGUGGGAGAGACCCGAGCCUCCCCAAAGGACACAGCACCCACAGGGGUGAGCCCUAUUUCUCAGCGGGUAUCCCCUGCUACGGGAACAGAAGCUUCUUUAGGUUUCAGAUCUGUGGCUGACACAUCAAGUCCUCCAGUCACCGACUUGCCAACAGUGACUGUUAGUGAAUCCCCAUUGGCCCCUGGCACAGUUGGGGAAGCCAGAUCAGCUUCUCCUCUUUUCCCAGUCACGUGGCUCAGCCCUUCAUCCAUCUCCCCCAUGUCCACAUCAGAGAACAAUGGAGCUUCUUCUCGCAGCACCACUUCCGUGGGACCCACAGAGAUCAUGACAGACGUCUCAACAUCGGGGGCAGCCACCAGUUCAGGGGCUGGUGUGUCCUCCUUCUCAGGGAAGAGCAGAGUGGAAACCGUUUCCAGUUCAGCUGCUGCUGUGGGCACCAGAGUGCCCGGCUUCACCGGCGCAGCUACUGCCGAGGGGGCCCCUGGGACUCCAGAGAAGACCAGCCCCCGGGGCGCACAGCUGGCCACAACAUCGGGGAGUGGCCUCACCCUCAGCCCUCCGCUGACGGAAAACUGGGUUUCCAUCACCACACAUGCUGGCUCGCGGACAACCCCAUCCACCUCUGCGAGCAGCCAACCGAUGGCCCCAGACACCAGCCUUCCCGGCCUGUUGGACACCACCUCUACCGCGGCCACCAGCCCUGUGCAGGACAGGCACUUCUCCCCCUGCCAUGGCCCCAUCCUCUGGGUCCCUGCUGAAAUUUCCCACCACCACUGGGCCACAGAAGAAUAUAGAAGACAGAACAACCGGGCCAUUCACACCAUCUUCAGUGGGAAUGGAGACCCCAUGGACGUCUGCCCCUUCCCGCUCCGGGACCACCCUCCCAGCGGAUAUCACUUCCCCAUCGGGCAUCAGCGAGAGCCUCGGUGCCGGCACCCACGUCGCAGACGUAACCUCACAAGAAGGUACCAGAACUCCAACCAGUGA